AUGAGACCACCAACGUACCUUGGGUCUUCUCUUUCCAGAUGUGGUCUCCGCAAUUGCCAGUUGCGAAGGCAGAGGAGAGCAAUAGCAACCCACACCUACAAACAUCAUGCCACCGCUAUCUCAAUCCUCCCUACCAACGUUGACAAGUCUUCCGCCCAAUAUCAGAAAAAUGACCAACACAUGGGCGAAGUCAUGGCGCGGAUGCAGGAGCUACACAAGAAGAUCGAGGGAGGAGGCUCGGCGAAGGCCAGGGAGAAACAUAUAGCCAGGGGCAAGAUGCUGCCGCGGGAUCGAGUCACCGCCCUGACCGAUGUUGGAAGCUCUUUCUUGGAGCUCUCUGCUCUUGCUGGACAUGAAGUCUACCCUGGGGACGACGUGCCCGCUGGCGGUAUCAUUACGGGUGUGGGGAGUGUACAGGGUGUACAGUGCAUGAUUGUGGCCAACGAUAGCACAGUCAAAGGAGGCACCUAUUACCCAAUUACCGUGAAGAAACAUCUUAGAGCACAAGCAAUCGCCCAGGAAAAUCGCCUCCCAUGUAUCUAUCUCGUCGACUCGGGCGGCGCAAACCUCCCUCACCAAGCGGACGUUUUCCCUGACCGAGACCACUUCGGUCGCAUCUUCUACAACCAAGCUCGAAUGUCGUCAAUGAACAUACCCCAAAUCUCCGUCGUAAUGGGCCCAUGCACCGCCGGCGGCGCCUACGUCCCCGCGAUGUCCGAUGAAUCCAUCAUCGUUGAAAACCAAGGCACGAUAUUUCUCGCCGGACCUCCCCUUGUCAAAGCAGCAACUGGCGAGAUAGUUACGGCGGAAGAGCUGGGUGGUGGGAAACUGCAUAGCGAGGUUUCUGGCGUGACGGACUAUCUCGCUGUGGAUGAUGCUCAUGCUUUGGUGCUCGCAAGGAGGUCUGUUGGGAAUUUGAACUGCCCGCGUCCCAAGAACAAGGUUGUGGUGUUCAAGGAACCGCUAUAUGAUCCGGAGGAGCUGGCUGGUAUUGUUGGCACGAACUUGAAAACUCAAAUUCCGGCCCACGAGAUCAUCGCUCGCAUCGUCGAUGGUAGCGAAUUUGCCGAAUUUAAACGCGACUAUGGCACCACGCUCGUCACUGGCUUCGCACGCAUCUAUGGCCAACAAGUCGGCAUUAUUGCAAACAACGGCAUCUUGUUCUCCGAAUCCUCCCUCAAAGGCGCGCACUUCAUACAGCUCUGCUGUCAAAGAAACAUCCCUCUUGUCUUUCUGCAGAACAUCUCAGGUUUCAUGGUGGGCAAGGAUGCAGAGGCAGGUGGCAUCGCGAAGAAUGGAGCCAAACUCGUGACUGCGGUUGCUUGCGCAGAUGUGCCGAAAUUUACGGUGGUCGUUGGGAGUAGUGCUGGGGCGGGGAAUUAUGGCAUGUGCGGCCGAGCCUACUCCCCUCGCUUCCUCUGGAUGUGGCCCAACGCCAAAAUCGGCGUCAUGGGUCCGCAGCAAUUGUCCUCGGUGAUGGAGGCGGUGGGCAAGACGGUGGAUCCGGAGUUGAAAGAUCGCAUCGAGCGAGAAAGUGAUGCCGUAUUCUCGUCCGCAAGGCUGUGGGAUGAUGGUGUCAUUCCGCCUGCGCACACAAGGAGGGUACUAGGGCUCGGCUUGAGGGCUGCGAUGGGUGCUGAGGGGGUAGGAUGGGAGGGUCAGAGGGAGGGGAGCAGAGCGGCUGUGUCGUUGAUGAUUGAGGAUGUCGGAGCCUAUGGUGUCUGCUACCAACACUUGCAACGUGUCGAUAACAUCAUUGGAAUUGGUCGUGUCAACAGCUAUCCUACCCUCAUUAUGCAAAGAUACUGA